AUGCCUCACUCAGACCACUCCCCAUCCCCACCACGCGAUCACUUUCCCGAUCUUCCAGUCUUCCCCGACAACGUACCCACCGCGCCACUUCUCCGCAUCUCGCUUCAGAAGUUACUCGACCACGACGAAGAAGAACAAAACAGAUGUUGGCAAGCAUGUCGCGAGUUGGGUUUCUUCUAUCUCGACGUACGCAACUCCAAUACGCAAUCAAACUGUGACAGCAACAAUACUACCAAUACAUCCGCCGUCGACGGCGAUGCGCUACUUCAAGAUGUGGACAAACUAUUCGAAAUAAUGCGAGACUUCUACGAUCUAGAUGUCUCUGAGAAGAUCAAAUACGAUUUCAAAGACCAAGGCAGUUACUUUGGCUACAAAGGAUCUCCAAAGACGACAUCCUCGGUCUCAGCGACCCUCUUCCCUCCCCAGCGGUCCUAA